AUGCCAGUUAAUCUUCAACCUUCCGCUGGUACUUCUGGUAGUCUCAGGAAAGAAAAAUCACGAGGAGAGGGUACAAGAAGGAUGCCGACCAAUUCGCGACCUCCCCUAUCGCAUCGGAUACGGGCUUCAUUCGAAGGAAAGAAAUCUCAGGAUUCUACCAGUUAUAAACACGCGAGCUUUUCCGGUGGUAGUCCAACAGACCCGGAACUCCUUCGACGGAUAAUUGAUGAAGCUAUCUCUGGAGAUGUUUUCCAGGCUGGACUUGCUUCACACAUAGCCAAAUUGCUCAAGCCCGAAAUUAAAACCGCUUUGGAUACAAUUGAGCCAGUUGUUAAUGCAGUUCUACAGCAUGAGCUACUCUUGAAGAGGACCAACAACAGCGUGGAUCAUGUUUUAUUGAAGUUGGAGUCAAUGGCAGAUGAAGAAGGUGCAACAGCUCCAGGUCAAGCAAGACUCAGUACCCACGGAGCCCUGACUUCACACCCGGUAGCUGAUGAGGGACCACUGCCCAUACCAGAUAAUUCGGCUUCUGGGACUGGUACACCUGUUUCAACUUCCAAUCAGGAAUCAAGACCCCUCUUCAACCGAGGCCUCACAUACACUGCCGGAAAACUAACCGAAAUAUCGGACUCGUUGGACUUGAAUAAUCAUAAACUGGGGAAGGUGGUAGAAGGAAUAGCGGAGAUAAAUAAUUUAUUGGCAUCGAACGAACGCUUGGAUAGUUUGAAAGAAAGCUCAGACAAGAAUGAUACGAAGACUUCGGUGAUCCAAACGCAAAUAGAUCAAUUGCAGGAAAAUGUCAGGGUAGUCAUCACUCGAAUUGGUCCGGAUCUAGGAAUAAAGGUAAAGGCGAUCAAUGAUCAUUUGACUGGAGAAACACCCACUCCAGAGACGAGGGCUGUGGCUUCCAAUGGUAGUGGGGGUGAUGCUGAGCUUCUUCAAGCUAUUUCUUCUAAACUAGAAGCCCUGAAGGAUAGCUUGGAAACAGGAACUUCAUCACAUAAUGAUAACUUGGGGCUAUUGAAGGAACAAAUCAAUGCUCUACAGUCAACACUCGACGCUCAGAAAGAGACAUUGGGCGAGAUCAAAGAAGCAGAUAACAGUACUGAAAUAUUGGCUGGUAUACAUAAAUCAAAUGAGGCACACGAGGCACAUGCCACAAUUUUGGGAGAGCUCAAAGAGAGAAAUACACCACCUGUGGAUCAAUCAACCCAACCAGCUCCAACAUCAGCAGACGCGGAAACACUUCAAACGAUCUUGAUUGAAGUACAGAAAUCUAAUGAGACACAUGGGAAGCAUACGGCUGCGCUUGAGAGCAUGAAGGAAUUGGACACAAGUGCAUCCAUAUUGGCGGAAGUUCAAAAGUGUAACGACUCGCAUGUUCUUCAUACAGCUGCUCUAGAAAGCCUCAAAAGUAUCACUACGCCACCAGAACAAUCCACCGCAAUCGAUCUAGGACCCUUUGAGAAAAAGUUGGACAGCUUAAUAGAAGCAAGCACAGCAAUUCUCACGGAAGUUCAAAAAUCGAACGAGUCACAUGUUUCACACGCAGCUGCAUUAGAAAGUAUCAAGGCCCUGCCAACUCCACCUUCUGAAUCUCCAACCGCAAGUGCAAAUGUUGAUUUGGGAGGCUUGGAGAAGGAUAUAGGAACUGUGAUCGAAAAGUUGGAUAUGCACGCUGCUAUUCUGGAAGAGAUUAAGACAAAGGAGGUUUCUGGAUCCGGAGGAAUUGACGCUAGUGCUUUUGAUAGCCAUUUUGGUUCCAUUACUGCUUCCUUGGAAGCACACAAAGCGGUAUUGGAUGAGAUUAAAUCGAGAGAUUUAGCACCUGCUGAUUUCAGUCCAAUUAUCUCGGUGCUUGAAGCUCACACUGCAGCCUUGGAGGACAUUAAAUCGAGAGAUUUAACCCCUGCUGAUAACGGUCCAAUUAUCUCAAUGCUCGAAACCCAUGCGGCAGCGCUGGAAGAGAUCAAACCGAAAGACACAGGAGCUAGUCCAGAUUUCAGUCCAAUAACUACCUUGCUAGAGGCUCAUACUGCUACUUUGGAUGAAAUCAAGGCCAAGGAUACUGCAAACCGCAUUGAUCUCAAUCCAAUAAUUGCCUUGUUAGAAGCACAUACAGCGGCAUUGGAUGAGAUCAAAUCAAAAGAACCAGCACCUACUGAUUUCAGCCCUAUAACUACCUUAUUAGAAGCUCAUACCAUAACCUUGGAGGAUAUCAAGGCUAAGGACACUACAAACAGCGUUGAUUUAAGUCCAAUCACUUCGACUCUGGAUGCUCACCGUGCAGUUUUAGAUGAGAUUGUAUCAAAGGAUAUUCAGUCUAGUGGAGUACCCGCAGCAAUCAACAUGGAUACCUUCGACACACAUUUCGGUUCAAUCACCGGUAUAUUAGCAGCACACACAGCCGCAUUGGAUGAUAUUAAGUCGAAAGAUGAUCCUUCCAAUGCUUCUACACCUGCAGAAAAUACCAUCGAAAUCCUCGAGAAACAUUUUGGUUCUAUCACUACCAUGUUGGAAUCACACACUGCAGCAUUGGAAGAAAUUAAGGCGAAGGAGUUCACACCUACCACGGGACAAACGGAGCUGAACACAGCAGCGUUUGACGGCCACUUUAGUUCCCUGACACGCAUGCUAGAUUCACACACAGAAGCUUUGGAUGAAAUCAAAUCAAAGAACAAUGAUUCUGCUCCGCCUUCGACAUCAAGAGAUAACGUUGGCAUUGAUUCAUUUGAACCACAUAUUACGGCGAUUAAGAGUGCACUUGAUGCUCACAUGGGCAUUCUGCAAGAGAUGAAGUCCGAAGCCCUUGCCAAAAACGAUAUGGAUGCAAUGGUAGUAGACAAUCUGUUGGAACCACACAUCAUCGCUAUCAAGAGUACAUUGACUGCACAUACAGAGAUUCUGGAUGAGCUCAAAUCUAAUAUUACUACUAAUGCCACAAAUCCCCCCGAGAUUGCCGAUGAUUCUUUACCGAAGAUAUUGAAUACCCUUAAUCACCACACUAAUCUACUCACAGAAAUCAAGAACGCGGAUGUUAGUGAUGAGAUCUUGACAGCAUUGCAUGAGUUGCAGGACGGUAAUUCUGCAGCUUUCAAUACUCUCAAGGAAUCAGAUGUCAGUGAUGAGAUACUUACUGCGUUACAUACUUGUAAUGAUUCACAAGAGAAGUUGAACAGAUCACUGCUUGAACUCCAGACAGCAGUGAAUACUUCUAUUUCAUCUGAACAAAACAAGAACAAGCCAAUUGAUUCCGAAGAAGCAGCCCAAGCACCAAUUGCUACUAUAGACUUGAGUGGAUUAGAGACCCAGAUUAGUGCGGUUAUUGCGACGCUUGAAGGUCAAAAAGUGGUUUUGGGAGAGAUUAAGGAUACUACUAAUGCUGGAAUGGAAGCACAUGGCUUGCAUACCACGACUCUGAGUGAGAUCAAGGACGCAACUAGUGCCUCAAAUGAUUCUCACGCGACUCAUGCGGCACUUCUUGGAGAAAUCAGGGAUGCAGCCAAUGCUUCGAAUGAAUCCCAUGGCACUCAUACUUCUACAUUAGGAGUCAUCAGAGAUGCAGCAGCUUCCUUGAGCACCGCACACGCCACGCAAAUUGCUACUUUGGUCGAUCUCAAGCAUGCAAUGAACGCCUCUAAUGAAUCUCAUGAUACUCAUACCAGCACACUAGCAGAGAUACGAGAUACAGCCACCAACUCAAAUGACGCAAUUCUCACGCACACAGCUACUCUUAGUGAACUCAAAGACGCUAUCAAUACAUCUAAUGACUCUCACACUUCUCACGCUGCUGCUCUGGAAGACCUAAAAUCCAUGAAUUCAACACAGUCAUCGCCAGAUGCUGCCUCUGAACAAACAUCCCCACUGGUGUUGGAUACAAGCGCACUAGAUACCCAGCUUACAAGUAUCAUCACGACGCUCGAAUCUCAAACUUCAACAUUGGGAGAAAUGAAAGAUACUCAUGCCUCUCACACGACCACUUUGAGCGAAAUUAAGGACGCAACGACAGCAUCUAAUGAGUCGCAUACCUCGCUUGCAACAGCCUUGAGCGAAAUUAGAGACGGAACAACUGCAUCUAAUGAUUCGCAUACUUUACACACGACAAUUUUGAAUGAAAUCAAGGAAGCAACCGCGGCAUCUAACGAGUCGCAUACUUCGCACACGACAGUCUUGAGCGAAAUUAAGGAAGCAAUUGCUCCUAUCCAUGGUAUUGAUGAGGUCAUAAGUACACAUACAGGUUUGUUGGAAGGUCUGAAAGAAGACACCGGAUCACAGUACAAUGAAUUAACAAGUAAUAUUGACGGAUUGAGGAAACUUGUAGAUGAAAGUUCCAACAAACACGAGGAAAGUCUGUUGAAACACGGAGACUUGAUCAAAGAACAUGGUGAUUUGGUUAAGGAAAAUCACGAUGGGCUGAAGGGAACAAUUGCAGGACUUGCUUUGGGUGGGAUUGCCGGGGUGGGGGUCAUGAAAGCUAUGGAUGAAGUGGAAGAUAAGAAUGGUGAGGUAAUCGAUGUAGUUGAACGAAAUGAAGGAGUACUAGAAGCUCCGGCCGAAGAACUUAAGGUUAUUGAGGAAGAAUCGCUAGCAUCAGAAUCAGAAUCACAUGUGGUGGAGGAUGUGGCUGUAGAGUCUACGGAACAUAAACCGGAACUUCCAGUCGAUGGAGAAAUUAUGCCGGGACCGGAAGCACAGUUGAAGCCAGAAUUUCCUGCGGACAACGAAAGGACCUUCAGUGAGGAAACGCUUGUAGAGCCAGAGCUGGAACCAGAAGUUACCUUGGUAGAUCCUGAAAAAUCGAUCGAUAUCGACGAAGGUCCAGAUCCUACACCAGUAGACCAGGAACCAGAGCCAGAAGCUGUUGAGAAGGAAGUUACAACUGAAGAACCGACACCUAUCGUAGCAGAACCUCCAACGCUAGAUGCUAUCGUUGAAGAGCCGAUUGAAACAGAAGAAAUACCGGAGCCAGCUACUAUGGGGAAAACGGAAGAUGCAACAGCCAUUGAAUCCCAACAGACUGGCGAAGAUCUUUCUGGCGAAGAGAAACUCCCUAAAGAGGAACCUGAGCCCGUAGCAACCUCCGAGGAUUCUUCACUCAACCAAGAAGUUGAGCUUUCAGCAAGCAACAAUAAUGAGGAGCCCGAAUCUCUUGAGAAGGAAGUAGAUGUUGAUGGUGUCACACCAAAUUCAGUUGAACAAUCGGAUUUGUCCCAAGAUACUCCCGAAGACGAAGCGCCUCAAGUACUCGAUGCGGAAAAAAAACCGAUACCUGAAGAUGGCGAUGUCGCAGAACCAUCCAAGGACGAAUCUGAUCCCGAAGGAGCGCUUGCCGUUGAGAAGAUACCUAGUGAGGAAGAGACUGUUGCGGUGGAAGGGUCUGAGAAGGAAGCAUCUAGUGACAGUGAGAGAGCUGAAAUACAGCAAAAUGAAGAUGUAGGCGAUGAAGAUUCGAAAUUCACUGAAGAGACAACGUCUGUUGCCAUGGAGGAAGAGCAGCCAACGAAAGACAUUGUUGCAGACAAUGCAGAUGACAAUGUGAGCCCUAACGAGGAAGUUCUAGAGGCCGUAGAAGAUAAACCUGUCGAUAAAUCUAUUUUACAGGAGUCAGAUGAAAACUUGACUACAGACUUGCAACAAACACCUCCGGCGGAAGAAGAAGAAAAGCUCCCCGAAAUCAAGGAAUCCAGUGAGCCAAGUUUGGAUGACACGCCCACUGAAACCCCUACACCAGAAGUCUUGAUUGAUACCCCUCUGGCACACUCGGAGGAUGCUUCUUUUCUAGAAGAAAACAACCCUGUUCCGGAGUCUAAGCAGGCCACCGUAUCUGAUCCCGCUGAUCUGCCUGUCGAAAUCGAAGAAACACCCGUUCCUACAGAUCACGAUGUUGAGGCACUGACUCAAGCACCCGAAGCAAGUGAUGAAGCACCCGCAGAUGGCUUGGAAAUUUCUACAGAGUCUGAAGUCAUUGAGCCGUCCAAAGAAGAGAAAACGGUUGAUGAACAAGGGGAGGUAGACAAAUUGGCUGAAGAACAUCCUGUUGACAGUAAUGAAAUCAAUUUAAAAGAGGGAGAUUUGGAACCUAAGGAUGAUGAUAUUUCUACCGGAGACGCGGAAAGUGCUGUUGACACUUCGAAAGAGGAUAAGUCUUCGGGACCAGCUGCGGAUAUCGAAACAACACUUCUAGAUUUGAACGAUAUGAAUAAAGUUCCUGUCGAGAUUGGUGCAAAGGAUCUGGAAACAGAAGUUGUGGAGCCUAAGAAUGAACAGACACCGGACCAGACGGAGGAAAAUAUCGAGCUACCUCAUGAUCAAAGCAAUCCCGACGCUCCUAUCGAGACUGAGGUACCCGUUUCGGAUAUGAACGACCAAGACGAAGAGCCUGUUGGAAUUGAGGUGAAAGACUUGGAACUGAAAGAUGGGGAACCUCAUAGCGAGGAACUAUUCGAACAAGCUGUAGGAGACCUUCCACAAGCCGUCCAGGAAGAAAAUGAUUCCGAGCCGGUUGUCGAAACAGAGAAGUCUGUUCCUGAUUCAAACUCACAUGAUCAACAUCCUACUGUAAGCGAACAAGAACCAGUGGAAAUUCCGGCUACCGAAAAUGCCACUGAGGAUGUUUCUAGCAAAUCUACAGAAGCCGUUGAGCCUCCACAUGAGGAAGGAUUCCCACAAUUACCUGUUGAGACUGAAGAAAAUACCACAGAGUUGAACAAUCAAGACGGACCUUCAAUCGACAGAGAAGAAACUCCCGAGGAACAUGGAAACCUGGAAUAUUUCGCUCCAUCUGUCGAUGACGGAGAAGAGACUCUCGAACCAGAAGGCCAGGGAUCCGCCAGUGAGCAUACACCUCUCGAGAUUGAAGAGACAACCAUCGAAGUUUCUCAAGAACAAAGUCCAGAUUCAAUCAUUGAAACCGAGAUACCGGCGAUUGAGUCAAAUAAUCAAACGCAGAUCCCAGUUGAGAGUGAAGAGAAGUCCGUGCAACCUCCUGCUAAUGAACAGGAAGCUGCAGGUAUGGAUAGUGAAAAGCUACAAGCAGGCGAUGAAACUCAUAUCACGGAAAUAUCACUGCAAGAAACUGUUGAAGAGCCGGCCGUUGAAAAUCAAAGUCCUGUUGAGCCAGAACCAAGUGAGGAAGCUCAGAAGGUUACUGAUGACUAUAAACCUCUUGAACCAGCAGAGCAACAUGUUGUUGAGGUACCUGUCGAAAGAUCAAUCCCUGAGAGCCAACUUGGUUUUCUUGCCGAAGAGGAAAUUGUCAAUGAAGCUCCAUUAGAAGGCAGUCCUGAGCCAGAAUUUGUGAACGAGAAUGUUUCUGAUGGGUUAGGAUCAAACGAAGAAGGCCAGAUCUUAGCCAACGAUAGCGACCAAUCUCUACCGACUGAGAGAGAGAUGCUUGACAGUUACCACGAAGAAUCGGUCCCUGAAAACAAACCAACAUACGAAAAUGUGAUUCAUGAAGCUUCUGAAGAUAUCAGAGAUGCUGGAAACCCAAUAGAAAUCGAUCAACAGAUUGCCGAGACACCCAGCCCAGAUUUAGUUCUUGGAAAUCAACCAAAAUCAAAGUCAGUUGUCUAUGAAGAUCCUGAAGAUAUCAAAGCCCGUGAGGAAAUCGCUGCCAUGAAUGCGGAGAUGGCUAAGAUUCUAGCUGAGGCUGAGGAGGAGGAAAGAAGAAAUGCUCCUGUGAAGACGGAAACAAUUCAUGAGGAUCAAACCGAGGAACUAGAUGUUAAAAGGGAUACCGAAGAGCCAACUCAUGUCGCGGAAGCACAACCACAAGCCGAAUACCAGCAAACUUCUAGGGAACGAAUUGAAGAUGGAAAAGCCCAGGCUGAUUUAACUGAGCCGGAGGAAGAGCAAAAGGUUCCUGUGAUCGAUGUCGACAUUAGUACGGGACAGAAUUCAGAAAGACAUGUCGCAUCAUCUAGCGAUCUCGGAGAGGAUACUAUUCCUGCAGAAUUCGAGACUCAAGAGGUAAAGUCUACCGAUAUUUUACCCGAAGACGAUUUGCACCACGUCGACGGAAUUACCCCAGCCAUCCACGAGGAUGUUAUCGAAAGUCAGAGCCAGAUUGCGGAGGAUAAAAAUGUACAAGAAAACAAUCCAGUAAUCGCUUCCGAGGAUGAAAAAACAGAUUUUGAGAUUCCGUCAGUAGCCGAGCAGCCUGAGAAUGAGAUCAACAGCAACGAAAGUGCACCUAACCAAGGAGCAGAUUCAUCUGGACAAGAGGAUCAGGUAUUAGGCAUGGAAGCACUACCUUCCGAAACUCAUAUGGAACCCGAGACGGAAAGCUUCGAGACAACACAGUUGAGUGAUGAUGCUGCGCCUUCGUUAGACAACGAGGAAAAUGAAUCUUUGCCCAUCAAACUUGAAUCGGAAUCAGUUUUUGGGGAAGGAACAUCAGAUGAACCAAGACUGAAAGGAGAACCCAACCAUGAGCAGUAUUUUGUGGAAUCUGAACAGGAAUCCCCGAGAGACGUAAUGACACUCGAAGACUACGCUGCUGAAGAAAGUUUGCUCUCUGAAUUGGAUUCCAUUCACGAAAGCACCCAACAUGUGGAAACUGGAAGUGAGGAAAUAAAGAAUGGAACUACAUCGGUAGAGCAUCUUAAGAUUGUUGAAUCGGAGCCAGUUCCGGAAGAAAACUCAAAAGACAUCGAUUCCGAAGCUGAUGAAGAUGGUCACUCCGUGGAGCGUGAAUUCGACCAAGAAGACCAAGAAAAAAUUGAAGGCCACAAGGAAUUAGGAGCUGAUCUUAGGGUUCCUGAAAGUCCUAAAUCUGAAACGACCGAUGAUAACGAAUGGGAUGAACCAUAUGAUACUACCAAUGACGAAGUAAGAGGAUUAGAGCCUUCGGCAGGAUUUCAAUCAACUAAGUCAAAUCACGGAGAAGCUCCAGCCAUCGAAGAAAACCAGUAUGACAGCGAGCCAAGCCAAGAUGAAAUCACUUCCGAGAUUCCUCUCCCCAGUCCAUCGUUUCAGGAAAAGCAAGCUAUCCUAGAGGAGGACUAUCCCGCUGUCCAACACUUUGCAGCUCAACAUGAAAUUGAACCUGAAAGUGAUCAGAAUCAACCCUUCGAUGAUGUUUUUUCAAUCGAGAAUAGAGCUGUUAAAAACAGUUCCCAUGUUUCAAAUGAGGGUGAAUUAGAGUUCGCGGAUGAGCCAGACUUUAGAGAAGUUCCAAUUGUGGCUGAUCGUGAACAAGUAUUGGAGAAUAAUUUUGCUACCAGGGUCAAGGAUGACUUGAAAGUUGAGGAUAACGAAUCCAUUUAUUCCCAGGAGAAUGAGCCAGCGAUCACUACAGAGCAUGACGAGCAAGAGAGAGACAGGCCAAGAGCAACAGUCAGCCAAUACGUGUCUUUCGGGCAAUUACAACCAGAACAAGAGUCAGAAAAUAGCCACUUCGUUGACGAAACUAACUCAGCUCACGAGGCCCAGUUCAAAGAACCUGAAACUUCAGCAGAGCAAAGGUACACAGGCUAUGGCUAUGAAUAUGAGGAGCCUGCUCUAAAUACACAAACUUACUCCGACUCGGAGGAUGAUAUGGAGUCAUCUCAGCUGGGACCAGAGACUUCACGCUAUGAAUCCAGGGGCUCUUAUCCCUUCCAAGGAACCAGCUUUAGUAGAUCUAUACCACAACCAAGAUACUCAAGUCAUGAAGAAGUUCCACACGAAACACGUACUUCCUUCAAUGAGCAAGAUGACAACCAACAUUUGAGAUCAAUGCCUACAUACUCUAGCCCAAGCUAUUCUCAAAAAUACCUUUCGGAGUCCUAUCCAACUCAGGAAGUCCACUACAACGAGCCUGAGCCUCAACAAGAUCAGCCGAUAACGCCCACAUAUCAAUCGGCACAUCAACAUACCAUUCCGACAACUCCAUCAACAGUUUUAACAACAAAGAUGUCCACCGAAACAUUCCCUACGUAUGAUGAAUCACGUCCUGUUUCCCAAGGUAUGAAUUUCGGGUUACCAAUUAGAGGAGCCGAACGUGUUGAAACAAUGCGCGAUAGCCCCGAACCGAGAUAUCCUUCAUACAAUGAGUCAAUGCGAUCUCCCGCACCAUCGCGACUACCAAUCGCAAGCCAAAGAUCAUCAGAUAGUAUGCGUAGAAGUAACAGCCCUGAAUUUAGAAAACAGAGCAGUUAUUCUAGAUAUGGACAUGAUGAGUCUGGGCGAGGAAGAUCUACGGGUUCUUCACAGGGAUUUAAUUUCGGUCUUUUCCCUACUAAGAUCACGGGUUCUGUUGCGAGAUCAAACAGAGUUCCAGAUUUUGGAAAUGAGUAUGGUUAUUCGGCGAAUAGAUAUGAUGAGCCAGUGCGCUCUUUGGGGGCUUCGCAAGGAUCUAGAUUCGGUCUACAGGGUACGCAUCCAGCUCGAGAGUCUCAUGAGGAAGUUCCAGAACACGGAAAUGAAAAGAGAAGCAGUCACGUCAAGGAUCUUUUGAGUCGAUUUGAUAGUGGUGAAUCCUCAUCUUCAACACCUUCUCAACAAGAAGGUUUCAAUAUCCCGACAUACCAAGACCGUUUCAGUACUUCUCUUCCUCAACCCGCUGAGAAUAGAUCAAUUGGAAAACAGCCUCAAUACGAACAAGAAAGUCACUUUGAAGCUGUGACACCACUUGAUCACGAAAGAAUCGAUAUUUUGAGUAAAGAAAGCAGUCCGGUUCAAACACCUCUUGAAGAGAGAGAACUCCAGUUGGAAAGUGGUGAAAGUAGCGCGGUACAGACGCCAUUGGAAGGAGAAUUCAAUUUAGAUGAGGGUAACGGUGGAAAUAUAAAUGCAGGAGUACCAAAGAAGAGGAGGAGUAAGAGGGGGAAGAAGAAGGGUAAUGGAGGGGCAGCGGGAGGUCAGGCUUGA